GUUCAGCAAGCCAGAAAAGCGAGCCUUUCCCCCGUAUCUCUUCCUGCUCUCAGUCUGAUGGAAGUAGACGAGGUGGUGUGUUUACCGAGGUUGUCCCGGGUCGCUGUGUGCGGUGGUACCCAUGGCAACGAGUUGUCUGGGGUGUACUUGGUGAGAGAGCUGCUGAAGGCGGAGAAGAAAGUGAGGAAAAAAGAGGAGGAGGAAGAGGAGCCUCUGUCGGUGCAGAUGGUGCUGUCGAACCCACGGGCCAUGCAGCAAUGCCGCAGAUACAUCGACACCGACCUGAACCGCUGCUUCACCCACGCCACCCUCAAUGGUUCCACGUCAGACUCGGACCCCUACGAGAUGAUCAGGUCCCGAGAACUGAAUGCGAUGCUGGGUCCCAAAGGCAGUCCUAAGGCGGUGGAUCUUGUUUGUGACCUCCAUAACACCACUGCCAACAUGGGCCUGUGCCUCAUUGCGUACUCUGACUGCGACUGGAUCUGCCUGCACAUAUUCAGACACCUUCAGAGGCAGAUGCCAGAUAUACCAUUGAGGUACAUCCAUUUCGAUGUCUCCAGUAAAGAAUCAUAUUCCCUUGAUUCAGUGGGAAAACAUGGCUUUGCCAUGGAGAUCGGCCCUCAGCCCCACGGUGUGGUGCGGUCAAACAUCUAUACGGCGAUGAAAGUUGGUGUUCAGCAUGUGCUCGAUUGGGUCCGUUUCUUCAACUCAGGUACUAUUUUUGAAGGAGGAUUUGUGGAUGUGUUCACCAUGGUUAAACACAUUGACUACCCAAGAGACAGCGAGACUCACAACAUCACAGCAGCCAUUCAUCCUCAACUCCAGGACCGAGACUUCUGCCUGCUCCACCCUGAGGAUGCACUGUUCCAGACUUUCUCAGGUGAAACACUGAGGUAUAAAGGCAAUGAACCACUUUAUCCUUUCUUUGUCAAUGAAUGUGCGUAUUACGAGAAGGGCAUCGCUCUCUCCCUGGCGAGAAAGAGGCAUGUGAUGAUUCCUGCAAUCCGGGUGCAGACAGAGCAGGAGCAACAAGCUAACGAACAGGGAUUUGCAUCAGAAGAAGAGGAGUGA